GAGGCCGUGGCAUCUUUAGAUUCAGCAAAGACCACUCAGUUACGUUCCAACACUCGCACAACUGUUGACACCGCCCGAAACUACAUUACAAACAUGAAAGUCGUUGCCCUCGUCUUGGUGAUCGCCUCAGUCGCAGCCGCUCAGGAAAUUCAUGCGGUGGUAAAGCUCCUGCCGCAUAAUUCAUCAUCAAUAGCGACUGGAAUGAUCAAGUUCGUGCAGGCCAAGCCUAAUGGACCUGUCACUGUGACUGGAAAAAUCACUGGGUUGAAACCUGGUAAACAUGGCUUCCACAUUCAUGAGAAGGGAGACCUCAGUAACAACUGCACAACAUUUGGUGGACACUUCAAUCCUGAGAAUAAGACUCACGGAGCCCCAACAGACGCUAUCAGACACGUUGGAGAUCUGGGAAAUAUCGAAGCUAAUGACCAAGGUGAAGCUAACGUCCACAUCGUUGAUAAAGUUAUCUCCUUGAGUGGAGCUCACAGCAUCAUUGGACGUGGUGUCGUCGUUCACAGUGGCGUUGAUGAUUUGGGAAAGAAUGAGGAUGAAGGAUCAAGAAUCACUGGCAACGCUGGUGACCGUGUAGGAUGCGGUGUUAUCGGUAUCAUGUCACCAACGGGAAAACUGCCAGGCUCAUCAGCUGCAUCCAUUUCUCAUGCCAUGGGCAUGCUUCUAAUGCCGGUAGUCGUUUACAUUUUUGGUCGACAAGGCUGAAUGAAUCCUCUCAUCUCAGACACAUAUCAUCGUCAUCAAGUGCAUAGGCAAGAUCCAAAGAAGAUUAAUUACUUAAGUUAUGGAUUUUUUGAACUUUCAGUAUUUAUAAUAAUCAACUUUGUCAAUUUUUUGUAAUUAUUUAAAUGUCUCAAGGGACACUAGUAAUUUUAUAAAUGUAUAUGACUGCUUGUCACGGUGACUCUAUGGUACUUAGUAAUUGUACAUAUCUUACUAUUCGUUUCGAUCUUACUAUGUGGAAAUAUUUUGAGUUUGUAGGGAAUUAUAUUUUGGCGACUAAAUAGUCUGUGAAAAAUAAAGAGAAGGGAAUAGUUCUAAA